AUUUUGACCUUGUAUAUGCACUACAGAAGCCUGUUAGAUAGCAGUAUCGGCAGUCAUAUAUGUCUUCCGUUGUGCCUGCCUCUCCAUUUGAGCCCGUCGUCCUUGCCUUGCAAUGCCCAGUACUUUUUGAGUGUUCAUCCUGGUGCUAGUCGAGUUCCCUCCCCUCCCACUUUGUCAGCAAAACGACAACGACGCAACAGCUUGGCAGCUCCCGCAUGGCCUGCUCGCUCGAUGCUGCCAUUGCACAACUCUCCCUGACCCCUCAAGAGUCAGGCAAGCUAGAGCUCAUUCCAUAUAAAGAUGAAACGCAGCUCCCCACCAUCAUCGCCUUGAUUGCAGACGAGCUCUCAGAACCCUAUAGCAUAUACGUCUACCGCUACUUCAUCCAUCAAUGGCCGGAACUCUGCUUUCUCGCGCUGGUUGAUGAUGAACCCGUAGGCACGAUUGUCUGUAAGCUGGAAGAUCAUCGAGGAGCGCUUCGUGGAUACAUCGCCAUGCUCGCUGUGAAACCUGGUCAUCGCGGCCGCAAAAUUGCCACCAAGCUCGUCGAGCGAGCCAUUGCAGAGAUGGUGAGCCGCAAGGCAGAUGAAGUCUGUCUCGAGACUGAAGUCACCAAUCCAGCAAGCAUGCGGCUCUAUGAGAAUCUCGGCUUUCUUCGCAUCAAGCGGCUUCAUCGCUAUUACCUCAAUGCAAACGACGCCUUUCGAUACAAACUGCCACUGCAAUCUUCAUUUCACUAAAUGUACACCAUACUAUUGUGCCGCUACAGCAAACGCAUACCCAUCGCUCACCAGUUUGAGCACCGUCUCUGAUUUCGCCUGUGGCGGCAAACAACCAAGGGCAAAAACAACAUCGUCAAAUUGCCGUUGAUUCACACAAUGCACCAGUCUCGACGCAAGCUUAUCAGCUAGUUGCUUCGCAUACUUGUCCUUCUCAAUGAAUGUCAUGAGGAAGCGAAUGAUACGUCGGAAGACAUCCUCAUCCAUAGGAUCAGCGCUACUCGACAACAAGGAAAAGAUGUC